AAUCUGCGCUGUCAGCUCCUCCCAUCCAGCUAUAAGAGGCCAGCUGACCUGCUGCUCUGCGUCCAUCGUCAAUGAAGCCGACGCAAACUGACUUGUGAUAAAGUCGGUCACCCCAGCUUUACAACAACGGCUUUUCCUCUGUUGAAUUCUGCGCCGUCUGGAGAUGUGAGGACGACGCCCGGGUUUGGAUUCGGACCGCGCGCAGACAGACGGAUUUUGGAGCUGUUAACUCUGCAUCAUGACUUUUGCCAUGCUGCGGCCCAUGGCGACGCACUUGAUCUAUUCGGACUUCACAGUGACCUCCGAGGACGACGAGAACCGCAGCGAGAGCGACGGCAGCUCGGAGCAGAGUUACUGCGGAUCCUCAGAGAAACGGCGACGCGCGUCGCGCAAGCUGGAGGGCGACACGGCGGUGGUGAUAAAGCAGAGGAGCGCAGCCAACGCGCGGGAGAGAGGCCGGACCCAGAGCGUCAACACCGCCUUCACUGCCCUGCGGACUCUCAUCCCGACUGAGCCUGUGGACAGAAAGCUUUCCAAGAUCGAAACCCUCCGACUGGCUUCCAGCUACAUUUCCCACCUCGCCAACGUGCUUCUCACCGGGGACGGCUGCGCCGACGGACAGCCGUGCCUCGGCGGCCACGCGCAGGGGGAGAGCGGGGGGAGGCAACCGCGGACCAUCUGCACCUUCUGCUUAAGCAACCAGAGAAAAGGGAUCAAAGAUGGAAAAGACUGCUUGAAAAUGCGAGGGCUGGCUCAGCUAAGAAUGAGGCGCUGACUGAUGUUCAGUGGAAAGAUGAGCAACCUGCAAAUCCUCAAAGACUUUCUCAGGGAAGAGUGGAAGCUGGUUUUACAGACGCGGGCACUCUGUGCUUUGUGCACACGCUGGAUGAAAAGGUGGAACGAAAGAAAAGACUAUUUAUUCUUGAUUCAAAAAUCCUUAGGGCUUUCAAAGAUGCAGUGCAUUUGUUUGAAAUGUUCGAGUAUUCGUCUUUGUCAUUUUGUCUGGCAGAAGUUUUAAAUAAAAUUUAUUUUAUCAAAAGAAA